AUGCUGACGAACAAGUUUCUUAAGCUACAAAGCUGCCUUUUUCGCUUGCUGGGAUUUGAACUAUUAGCAAAGAGUUGCAGCUGCAGCUGGCAGCAACCGCAUCGAACUUUCGCCAGUCUGCUCGCCGUGUUGAGCUUUCUGCCAUUAACUGUUUGCUUUGGACUGCGUCAUAUACAAAACUUGAACAAUUUAACCGAUGCGCUCUGCUCUCUGCUAAUUGAUGUGCUGGCUGUGUUCAAGCUCGGUUUGUUAAUCUGCCGACAUAAGGAUAUUAUGCAACUGUUGCAUAGCUUGCAGCAGCUUCUGCAUGAAGAGUGUCGUCAAGGGGCCGCUGCAGCGAUCAUAGCGCAGCAAAAUAAACGUGAGCAGUUCAUUAGUGGGCUAUACAAAAAUAUUUUCAUAGUUUCGGCCGCCUCGGCGUGCCUGAUGCCGCUGCUGCGCAUGUUGUACAUCUUUUACCGUUACGGGCAAGUUGAGCCCGCGCUGCCAUUUCCCAGCGUUUAUCCCUGGCACAAUCGGCAUUUGCUCAACUAUUCGGUGUCCUAUGCGUGGAAUGUCUGCGCCGCGGCGGCCGUGCUGCUGCCCACUGUCUGCGUCGACACGCUGUACUGCGCAUUGACGCACAACCUUUGCGCUUUGUUUCAAAUAGCGCAGCAUAAAUUCAAGCACGCAACCGUUGCGGACUACAACGCCCAACGAGGGGUGGGGCAGCUGGACUUGCUGACGCUUUAUCAGCGCACUUUGGACUUGACGGGCACAUUGAACGCUUGUUUUCGUCUGCUGGUUACGGUGCAGUUUCUGAUUGCCUCGCUGCAUCUGUGCGUGCUCAGCUAUCAGAUGGCCACAAAUCUGCUGCAGCCCGAUGUGCUCUUCUUUUUUGCAUUCACGUGUUCGAUUCUGGCUCAGGUCUAUCUCUACUGCUACUGCGGCGAGUGCGUCAAAGAUGAGAGCAUGCGAAUUACCGCGGCCAUUUAUGAGUGUUCCUGGCUGGAAAUGACUUGCCAGCUACCGGGCUUAUCGCAAACGCUGCAGCUCUCGAUGCUGCGUGCCCAGCGUGCCAGUUGCAUACGCGGCUAUUUUCUCGAGGCCAAUAGGAUAACUUUUGUGAAGAUUGUAAAAACUGCCAUGUCGUAUGUCACGCUACUGCGUUCAAUGUCAUAA